UUUGUAAAAAAAAAAUUAAAAAUUAUUAAAUUAAAUGAUAUAGAAUUAACCGAUAAAAAUAUCACACACCAAUACAAGAAGAAAUAGGUAUAGGUUUAAUAACGUUCUUACUCUAUAACUACAACAGAGCCACCUACCCUUCCUCUCUCUCUCUCCGUUCCGCCUCCGAUUCCGGUUGACGGUGGUCUCUUCUAGGGCUCACACAUCACGGACACCUUCCAUAUUCGUUCUUCCCGCUGGUCCACACUCACCCGUCCUUGUGGCCUUCCCGCAACAGUUCUGCAGAAUCUCUGGAUAGUUAAAAAUGGGGAAGCUGGGGAAGAAGGCGAGGAAAUUCGCAAAGAAGAAUCUUCAGUCUGUGCUCAAACGGAAACGCAAAACCAACUCUAUGUUUAAGAAGAGAUCUUCUAAGAGACGUGAUAAGAAUGAUAUUGAAGAAGAAGAAGAAGACACAAAAGUGAUGCCCAAUGUAAGAAGAAGCAAAUGCAAAGAUAUAGAAACCUUUUCUCUUGAUGCGGUGUUUAGUGAUGAUGAUAGCAAUGCAAUUGGAAAUGAGUCUGACAGUGAUGGAUAUCUUUCAGAGGACUCAAGUUUAUAUGUUGCUCAAAGUGAUGUAGCUAAUCAUCUUGAAGACAACUCUGGUGGUAGUGCUUUCUCAUCACAGAACAAAGAAAUAUCUUUAGAACUUGUGAAGGAAAAAAAACAGUUGGAAAAAUUGAAGAAGAAGGAUCCUGCAUUUUCUAAGUUUCUUCAAAGCUAUGAUAAGAAGCUUGAAUCCUUCAGAAAUAAAGAUGCUUAUGCAGAUGAGGAUGAGAUGAGUAUCGAUGAAACAGAGUCAGUGGAUCGAGAAAGUGUGGAUAAGAAUAAGAGCCUAUUUUUGAGUAGCUCUGAUGUUGACUCUUGGUGUCAACUAGUCACAGAACAGCAAAAUCUGGCUGCCCUAACUAGUCUGUUAAAUGGAUAUCGGACAGCAUGCCAUUAUAGAGCUCAGUCAAGUGGUGUCAUUAUUGCCGGCUCACGCCAUAGAUUUCAAAGUAGUGAAACCUUUUGCAAGAUACUGAUUUUUACACUUAAUGAGGCUGAUAAUAUUUUUAGGAAGUUGCUUGGAUUAUCAAAGUCCACUAUCAAGAAGGAGAAACUUUCGGAACUAAAAAGUAGCUCAAAGUGGAAUGCAUUCAAGCCACUCAUUAAAUCAUAUUUGAGGAGUAGCCUUUAUCUUUUGAAUCAAGUUACUGAAACCGAGAUAUUGACCUUCUCCUUAGCCCGACUAAGAGCUUCCAUGGCCUUUUUUGUUGCAUUUCCUUCAUUACUUCGCAGACUCGUAAAGAUUGCUGUUCAUUUUUGGGCUACAGAUGGAGGGGUUGUGUCUUCACAUGCCUUUCUUAUUAUACAAGAUCUAGCAUCUGUGUAUGCUUCUAAUUGGUUUGACGCCUGCUUUGUCAAAACUUAUAAAUCCUUUAUUGGCAAUUGUCAGUUUGUGGAACCUGAUCAAUUGAAACACAUACAAUUUCUGAGGAACUCCUUUGUUGAGCUUUGUUCUGUAGAUGUACAAAAAUCAACCAGAAAAGCAAUGGUCUCCAUCCAGCAACUUGCAAAAAUGCUGCAACAAGCUAUACAAACAAAGAAAAAGGAAGCAGUCAAGAACUUGUGCAGUUGGCAGUACAUUAGCUGUAUUGAUGUAUGGGUUAUGUUUAUAUCAGCUAAUGUACGUGACUAUGAUCUUCAGCCAUUGCUUUAUAUGAUUGUUCAGAUUAUAAAUGGGGUGACUGUCCUGUUUAGUGGACCAAGAUAUUUACCUUUAAGAGUCAAGUGCAUUCAAUGGUUAAAUCACCUCUCUAGUUCAAGUGGGGUUUUCAUUCCUGUGGCGUCAUUGGUUUUGGAUGUUUUGGAGUAUAAAAUUGGAGAGGGUGGAAAACAUGGAAAGGCCAUCAGCUUAUCAAAUGGAAUAAAGCUACCAAAGCAAAUUUUGAAAUCUCGAAACUUCCAAGAGCAGUGUAUUUUAUCUGCUGUGGAACUGCUCUCAGCGCACUUUUCUCAGUGGAGCUAUCAUGUAUCAUUUCCUGAUCUUGCAACAAUGCCGCUUAUCCGACUACGGAAGUUUCACGAGGCAUCUACUGUUGAAAGUUUCAAACGUGUAGUUAAGCGUUUUAUAGAUCAGGUGGAGCAAAAUAUUGAGUUUGUGCAGAAAAAAAGAGAUGAGGUGGCUUUCUCACCAAAAGAUCAGCAAUCUGUAGAAUUAUUUCUUCAGCUUGCAAAGCAGAGUGGCAGCAAUCCUUUCUCGCAAUACUACAAAAGCAUUAUGGAGAAGGCAGUUGCUAGAAAUUUGGCUUUGAAUGAAAAGUUACCUGGAGCAGAAAAACUUCACAAAAAAAUAAAAAAGCUUUCCAAUAAUGUAAAAAACGUCAAUGGUGGACAACCGGAGAGAAUAAGUGGAUCUGAUUAGGGAUGGUAGCAAAGAUGAGAGGAACAUGGCGAAGAACAGAGAAGUUUUUCAAAUUUUGUAUUAGAUUGACCAGUUAUUACUUACAGGAUCCUUUCACCCAUUUUGGCAUAUAGGCUUUGAGAGAUGUUGAUUGUAAUGUUGACAUGCCCAAUGAUCUUAAAGGUCUGAACAGGUUUUUAGGAUUUGGGACCAUGUCAAAAAGGAAUUUUGUUUUGUGAUAUCAUAUUUAAGAAGUUUUGUUAGGAACAUACUAUAGUGUAAGCCUUAGAAAUUUGAAUACAUGGCAAAACAAAUGUCAAGUAAAACAUAAUUAAUUAGGCUAAAAGCCAUUGCCCAUUGGUCUUGCCUGGGUCAUGGUUGAUUUUCUGAGUUUCUUAUAUUAAAUGGAUGAAAUCAGCCAUUUGUGGUAAACUGAAUACCCUUUGCUGUUUUCUUCAAAUAUAAUUUUUUCUUAUUA